AUGGAGUUGUCAACUGAGGUGCAGCUACUACAAGCCCCUUCAUUUCAAAUCCUGGAAACACUGCUCUAUACCCCGGAAUCAGGUGAAGUCUAUUGUCUGCUUCAUCGACGCAUACACCCGAACACAAGGCGUGCGCCAUUCUCAGUACACAACAAAACCAGUGCUGCUAUGAAGAGGUGCGUACGUCUACUCUUCGAUGGCAAAAGUGUGGAGUUACAGGCCCUGCCAUUCGUGCCCUGGACUGCGCCACAGUUGCAAGACUUGGAAGUUGUACUAGAUACACAACCCGUAUGUAGCCGUGAUGUGUUUCUGCGCUUCAAAACCACUCAUCGCACCACAUACAACGAGGCACGUGCGCGUGCGAGUAUUGGAGGUGGCAAGGCGUUCGAUGUCGUACUGUACAAUGAGCGGGGCGAAAUCACCGAGACCUCUAUCUGCAAUCUGGCUGUGGAAAACGAUGCAGGCGAGCUCGUGACUCCGCCUGUGAGUUGUGGGUUGCUCGCGGGUGUUCAACGAAGUGAGUUACUAGUGGCCGGUACAAUCACAGAAGGACUGGUACUUCUAAGCGAUCUGCAAGCUGCGGCUAAGGCGGACAGGCGGAUACUUUGCUUCAACUCCGCGCGCGGAGUGUUUGCUGUCAAACUCGUAGAAGGCACGACGUCGACGUAA